GGGCGCGCCGUGCAGGGCGUGCGGGAGGGCCGCCUGGAGCUGCAGCAGCUGCAGGCGGAGCGCGGGGGCCUCCAGGAGCGCCGGGCUGCGCUCGAGCAGAGGCUGGAGGGUCGCUGGCAGGAGGGACUUCAUGCCACUGAGAAGUUCCAGCUGGCAGUGGAGGCGCUGGAGCAGGAGAAACAGGGUCUGCAGACCCAGAUCGCCCAGGUCCUGGAAGGCCGGCAGCAGCUGGCACACCUCAAGAUGUCCCUCAGCCUGGAGGUGGCCUCAUACAGGACCCUCCUGGAGGCUGAGAACACCCGACUGCAGAUACCUGGCAGUGGUCCCAAGACUUCCCUCAGCUUCCAGGACCCAAAGCCAGAGCUGCGUUUCCCUGGGACCCCAGAGGGCCGGCGCCUGGGACCUUUGCUCCCUAUCCUGAACCUAGCCCCCGUCACCUCACCCUUGCCUGAUACCCUUAAGACACCUAUGCCUGCCUUUUUGAAGAGCCAGGAAUUCCUCCAGGCUUGUACCCCCACCUUGGCUAGCACCCCCAUCCCACCCACACCCCAGGCUCCCCGCCCUGCUACAGAUACAGAGAUCAAAGUCCAGGAAGCCCCCCUUGCCCUCCUCCCCUCACAGGGUGGUAAGCAACAGGCUUCAGAGCCCUUGUGGACGGAAGCCAAGGUGGCCAUUCCUGCCAGCAUCCUUAGAAGGCCAGAGGAGCCUGGGGGCCAGCAGCGAGAGGCCAGUUCAGGCCAGUCCCCUGAGGAUCAGGCCUCCUCGGCCCCUCCACUCAACUCUGACCCUAAUAGUUUAGAGGCCAGAGAUGGAGAGCCCUCUGCGUCUGGUGUGUCCAACACAGCCCAGGAGGACAGUGAAGGGCAAGCCUGUGGAUUGACCGAGGAAGAGGCCAGCAUUGAGGUCAAAGCAGGGCGCAGUUUGCAGCAGGGAACAUGGCGAGAGGAGGGAUACUCGGACAGGGAGGAACUCCAGGACUCUGUGAAGUCUCUGGAGGAAGAGCUCCAAGAGCCACUCUUGUCUGCGGACAAACAGAGCAGGGAGACCCUGAGAGGUGUGGAAAGGGAGCGUCAGGACGGGCCGAGGGCUGGAGAAGAGGAGGACUCCGGGACACCAAGCACUCCAGAGAGAGAGGAUCGAGGGCAACUGCGAUCGUUAGAAGAAAAAAGUCUUGAGGUAGUCGGAUCUCCAGCAGAGCAGACUCUAGAACCACUUGUUCCCAGAGAGAAAGAGGAGCUACAGACAUUGGGAUCUCUAGAAACCGAGACUCAAGAGCCCCUGGGGUCUCUUAAUGAAAGCCUAGAGGCAUUCUCAUUCCCAGGAAAGGAAAACCAAGAACUAGUGAGGUCUCUGGAGGAGGAGAACGGAGAGUCCUUGCGAGCUCUGGACAAGGAUAGUCUAGAACCACCACCAUCUCAUGAAGCCGAGGAUGAGGAGGUACUGGGAAAAGCGAAUCCAGAACCACUACGGUCCCUAGAUGACGCGCAUCAGGAGGCCUGGAGAGCUCUAGAGCAAGAGAAGCCGGACGCUCUGAAGCCCCAAGGUGACGAGCAUCAGGAGGUCCUAGCAGCGACAGACCAGGAAUCGCUGGGGUUGCAAGAAGAGACCCGGGAAACAGUGAGAGCUCCUGAAAAGGAGACUCAAGAGCCACAGGGGUCUCUAGAAGCCGAGGCUCAGAAAGCAUCAACUCCUCUUGGAGCAGAGAGCCAAGAGCAAUUACUGUCUUUAAAAGCAGACCAUGUGGAGGUGGAGAAAUCUUUGGAACUAGAGAAUGUAGAAUCGCUCAAGUCUGCUGAAGAAGAUGGCUUGGGAAUAUCAAAACCUCCAGAGCUACUCUGGCCUCUAGAAGAAAAGACCCAAGGGAGGCCGCCACCGAUGCCUCUCGAGCAGGACAUUCAAGAGCCACUGGAACCCGGGCAAGAGGUUCGGGAGCCCUUGAGCCCCCUGGUAAAGGAGAAUCAAGGACCCCUGAGAUCGCUGGACUCAGAAAACGUGAAAUCUGCAGCAGAGGUGGGCAAGGAAAGCCCGCGGUAUUGGGAAGAGGAGGGGAAGCUGGAGGCUGGAGAGAACAAGGCUGCGGCCAGCGCUCUGGAAGAUGAAGGGCCCAGUGCAGAUCAGUGGUGGGAAACAGCUGCGGUGGUGAAGGGCCAGGCCCCACUAACUGGGGGUGCUGCCACAGAAAAGGAAGCCGAAGUAGUGGUUGGCCUGGGGGAGCAAGAUGGCUUGGAUGGGAAGGAGGAGGCUACAGGGCUGGCAUGGAACACAGGUGGAGGGCCCCCAGCAAUCCCUGAGCCCAACGAGCAGAAAGUCCCAGUUGAGGGAGCCGACAGGGCAAGAGGUGCAGAGGGCUUCCAGGAUCCUGAAGGGCAGCUGGAGGUGGUGGGAGCCCCCGACCUUGGAGCGCCCCCGGGGAUGCCAGAGGAGGUAGAGGGAGUGUUGGAAGAGGAGGAUGUGGUUCCAAGCGGGGACCUGGCUUCUGCCCAGGUGGCCCUGGGGUCAGACACAGCCGUAGGUGAGUCUGGGGGAGCUGCAGAGGGACAGGAACAGGAGACUGUCCAGGCUCAGGACCCAGACCCCCCAGCCAGAGAGGAAGCCAUGGAGUGGCCCCUCAGGGAUGAGGGCUUAGAAGCAGAGAAAGCUCCGGGCUUGGGAGAAUCCAGGAGGGACCUGAAGGAGGCAGAGACUCUGGAAUCAGGGCUAGCUAAACUGCCCAGGGAGAGCAGAGACCCCCAGAGGCAGGAGGACCCUGAGGGAUGGGCGGAGUCAGAGUCUGAGCGUGAUUCAGUGGAGGAAGGAUUCCCUGCUGAGACCCUGUGCCCUGAUGCCCCUCAGCCCAGGCCAGAGGAGGGGGCACCCCCAGAGCUGGAGCCCUCCAGCCCGAGGCCCACCGAGCCCUGGGCGCCUCCCUCACACCCUCAUGAUGACGUCUCAGGGGCCCAGCCCCGGACUGAGGGGAACCUGGAGGCUGGCUGGGGGCUGGGCAGUGGGGUGGAGGCCCUGGAGAAGCUGGAGGACAGGCAGGAGCAGGGUUUGGAUUCUGAGGGGGUCCCUGGGGGCCUCCAGGAGGAAGAGGAACAGAGUGGAGAAGAGAGUGAGGCCGAUGAGCUAGGGGAGACCCUCCCCGAUUCUACUCCCCUGGUCCUCUUCCCGGGCUCCCCAGCCACCUCCACAUGGGACCCCGCUGGAGAGGAGAGGCCCUCACCGCAGGGAGAGGCCAGACAGGAGAGCUGGGGGCCCACAGCCAGCUUGGCCUCUGAGGGUCUUGGGGCUGGACCCUCGGAAGCAGAGGAGGAAGGUGAGGAGGAGGGGCACAGCCCAGACUCUGACCUGUCGGAGGAAUUUGAGGACCUGGGGACAGAGGCCUCUCUUCUUCCCGGGGGUCCCGGGGAGGUGGCAGAACCCCUGCGACAGGUGCCCCAGCUGCUUCUGGAGCCUGCAACCUGGGAUCGGGAUGAGGAGUCUGAUGGAUUUGCUGAUGAGGAAGAGAGUGGGGAGGAGGGGGAGGACUACGAGGAAGAGGAGGGAAGAGGGGCAGGGCAAUGGGGGCCAAGGUCCUCUGUAGGCAACCUGCAGCCCCUCAGUGGCCCGCAGAGAGGGGACCUCAUGAAGUCUGAAGCUGUGGGGGUCAGUGUGCCCUGGGAUGGUGAGGGCCCAAGAGGCGUGGCGGCAGAUGCCCCCAUGCCUGCCCUGCAGCCUGAGUCCCAGGACAGCGCUGAGCCUUCCAGCACAGAGGCGCCUGUAGACUCCGAUUCAGCUUCCCUGCAGAGGGAGGAUGCAGGCUCUGGCACCUUGGAGACUCCCGGUGGGCUGGAGGGCACAGGCCACCAGGAAACAGGGGAAAUCCUUGGGGUCAAUGGCCAAGGUCCCAGCUGGGGAGAGCACAUGAAUGGGGGGCUGGAGCAGUCUGAGGGAGGAGGGCCAGGGAAGCUGGGGGCCCCUGAGGGAGGCAAAGGGAACCCCUCUGAGGUGGAGGAGGGGGACCCUCUGGAAGCCCCCUGGGCAGGGAUUCCUCUUCGCUUGGGCCAGGGCCAGUUCCUGAAGUUCACCCAGCGGGAAGAGGAUGGAGAUUCCUGGUCCUCCGGGGAAGACUAGAAACAGACCCCACACAUACACCCCUCCCCCACUCAGGGGUCCUGCUCUAGAACUUCCUACCUUUGGUUUCUGUCCCAGAGCCCUGGCCCUCAGGCAAGUUGGAUGGGGUGUGGCAAAGGGGUCUUUCCAAGGGAUCCGGCUCCAGGUACCAAAACCCGACCCUCAGACCCUCCAUGGGGGGGGGAGUGGGGGCCAUCGUGCCUGCACUGCCCCCAUCCUGGGAGGCUUAAGCCAGCUGAGGCCCCUCUGUAGCCCUGGCCUGUCCAUUGACCAGCUGAAAGAAACAAGAGGUCUCGUGGUUCCAUGGAGGGGAUGGGGGGGCUCUGGUGGUCUCACCAGCCCUGCCCCUACCCCCCACUGCAGCAGUCCUUAGCUCUGGGCCUAAGGGGGCGCUCUCUUACCUGUACUACUCCCCACUCCACCCCCGCCAUGUGGCCCUGCGGCCCUGCGUGGUUCCUCUCUGCAAGAAUAAAAUAAAGCGAUACCACUUCCUUCA